GAUCCUGUCUCAGCCUUCCUGGUGUUUGGGUAAUCGUCUAGGUCGCCACACAUCUUCAUGCUAUUGUUAAGACUUGUUGAUAAAGGGGUCUUUGCUGAGAAUGGUUAAAGACAGGUCCUAGAAGACACUAGCAUAGAUAGAACUGUAUGGACAGGUCCUGGAAGACACUGUUUGGAAUGUGGUUUUUCAACGGAAGAAUAAUGAGAGGGGAGACAGAAGGAAGGAAGAAAAUCAACCUCAGAGUGCAGCUUUCCUGGCAACUUUUUGGGGAUCAGAGCUAGCAAUUCCUUGAAUGACUUGUUCCUUGCUGGUACUUUCACUUAGCAAAAGAAUUGAGAGGAAAAGACAGGGCAACAAGUCUCUGUGCCUUUAUGCUUCCCUUGCAUCUAGAGAGGAGAAAUAGAAAUUUCAGAGUGAACAAAGAAUUUAAUUGUUGUUGGGCUAUUAUCACUGUGCUGUACAUGUGAUACUGUACUCAUGCUGCCAAGACUUAAUGAUGGGAAAUGAUGAUCCAAAAUGAUGGGAAAGCCUUACAUAUUCAGACAGCUUAUUGGGGGGGGGGGGGUUGGUUUAACUUGUCCCUAGGCUAGUACUAUGUAGUGCAUAGGGAUAGAUAGAUAGAUACUCUGAUAUUCCUUUAUGCUGGGUUGUAGUCACAGGCUACGCUUUCCAGACAGACAGCUAGUAGAUCAGGAAAGGAAACAACACACACUGUCAGUGUACUUUGUUACUAAGCUAUAAGGUUCUGUUCCGUAGGCAUAUUACUUGGCAUUUCUGACCUAAUGACAUUUUCAGCUUAAGAGGUCAUCAGAGGCUAGGUCCAUUGUAAAUAUCGUAUCUAUAUAUUAAACAUUGAAGUCAUGGAACUAGGGGUAUGCAUAAGGCUCAGUGGUAUAGCACUUGCUUAGCAGGCAUAAGUUCCUAGGUUUGAGCCCCAGGAGACCACACACAUAUUCAAAUCACAGAAUCUAUAUUUUAAUUUCUGGUCCUGGAAGAGAUAUAUACUCUCAUCUUUCCAGUGAAAUCAAGUCAGAGGAUGAAGAGACAAACUCAAAAGUGGUAUGUGACACAUUCAGGUAUGUACUUUCCAGUGGUACUGAAUCUAGAAUUAAACUUUACUCUCCCAUGGAUCACACGUCCUAGAAUGGAUGACUUAACGUUUAUACUUGAGGUUUGUGAAAAUGGAGCCAAUUUACCUAACUUGGUACUGCCGAGAAGGUUCUAUCACAGUGCGGGAAGCUAGUAGCUGGGUGCUACGGAAGCACUUAUUCCUUACACACACUCUCUUCCUUUUGCUGAUAUUCUGUAUUUUUCUUAAACCUUAGAUCUCUAGAAGUGGGCAACCAACAAAUUGUGGCUAGAAGCAGUCUGGAAUAGAAGUCAAACGCCUAGGACCAGCCUGGCAUUACCAAGCAAUGGCAGCUAGGAAACAGUCUUCCCAGCCAUCCAGGACACCAGUCAGUUAUGAGGACGUGGCAGUGACUUUCACCCAGGAAGAAUGGGAAUAUCUGACUUCUACACAGAAGACCCUUUACCAGAAAGUGAUGUCAGAAACCUUCAAGAACCUGACAUUUGUUGGAAGCAAGAAAAAACCUCAAGAACCUAGCCCAGAUCUGGAAGAUAAGAAUGAGCAGAAGUCCUCCAGUUGCACAGGGGUAUUCAAAGGUGGACCAUUCUUUUUCUGUCUGACCUGUGGCAAAUGUUUCAAAAAGAACACCUUCCUCUUUAAUCACCAGUUUCCUGUGAGGUCCCGGAGGCUGGCAGUCACAAAUCCACAAAGCCGCAAAGCCAAGGGCUACAAGUCCCAGCAUCGCGGAGAGAGGCCUUUCUUUUGUAAUCUCUGUGGCAAGACUUACCGUGAUGCUUCUGGACUGAGCCGUCACCGACGUGCUCAUUUAGGUUACAGGCCCCGUUCCUGCCCUGAGUGUGGAAAGUGCUUCCGGGAUCAGUCUGAGGUCAACCGCCACCUGAAGGUACACCAAAACAAGCCAGCGGCUAGCAAACAGGCUGCCAACCAGGCUAGCAACCAGAAGCGGAAGAGGAGGGUUCCACCUACAACACCUGCAUCCCAAGCGCCCGCCCUCAAGUAUGUGAAAGUGAUCCAGGGACCAGUGGCCAGGGCAAAGGCGCGGAACAACAGAGCCUCGACCCUGAAUGUCAGAUCCAACACUAUUACAGUGGUCCGUUCAAGAGAAAAGAUCUCUUGUCCCUAUUGUCGCAUAACUUUUACCAUGAGAACCUGUCUCUUAACCCACCUCAAGAUCCACUUCAGACGUCAACCCAACCAGCACUUCUGUUGCAAAGAGUCGGCCCACUCAUCCAACACCCUCAGGAUGCAAAAGAUCUACACUUGCCCCGUCUGUGACAGCUCCUUUAGGGGAAAGGAGAGCCUGCUGGAUCACUUGUGCUGCCGAAGACCAAUCAGGUUCAGUAAAUGCUGGGAAAUCCUGGGUCAUUUGCUUGGCUAUCUUCAUGAACCUGUGGUGCUGGGAAAUCUUUUUAAAGUAAGGGACUCCUCAGGAAAAAGGAUGGAAUCCAGGAGGAGAAGACGGAAACGUGCGUGCAGUGAGAAUCCCGAAACAGAAGGCCUGUCUGGGAAUGGUGGGGUGGCUCAGUGGGCAAUGGAGGUUGCCACCGACUCUGAGAGCCCUGUGACAGAAGAAGAGGACUGACUCCCAACUUCAUACCUACCCAUGCACGACCGCCCCACCCCCACUCCCACCCCCACCCCACAAAAUAAAUACAAUUUUUAAAACUAAAAGAAGGGGAGGGGAGGUCAAA